CAUCCAGGGACGUAGCUGCUUUGUAUGCAUUGGGGUCAAUUGACACCAAUGAAAUUAGUAAAGCCUUCACUAAUAUAGUACUAAUCACUAUUUAUUUAAAGAAGAUGACCCCACUGUCAUAGACAUGACCCCAUCAAACUUUUUUUCUAGCUUCGUCCCUGCAUCCAUCCAUCGCUAUUUACUUCCCACAGGCAAGUAGUGGAGUUCGAUUCAGGGGUUCAGCCAUGGCAGCUCCGAGAGCACUCGUCCUCGGCGUCCUGCUGCUGAUCGCCGUCUCCGACACCGAGGCGGCGUCCGUCGUCGUCGGCAUGGCCAAGUGCGCCGACUGCACCAGGAAGAACAUGAAGGCCGAGGAAGCCUUCAAGGGUCUUCAGGUGGCGAUCAAGUGCAAGAGCGUCCACGGCGACUACGAGAGCAAGGCGGUGGGUGCCCUCGACCGCACCGGCGCCUUCAGCGUGCCCCUGGCCGCCGACCUCCACGGCGCCGACUGCGUCGCUCAGCUCCACAGCGCUGCCUCCAACACACCGUGCCUCGGCCAGGAGCCAUCCAAGAUCGCGCCGGUGUCCGAGGGCACCACCUUCGGCGUCGUCGCGGGGGCCAAUACCAACGCGUUGGCAUCGCCGGAGUGCGCGUCGGCGACCCUGCUCGGGCCGAUCAAGAAGCACAUCAUGGAGCACUUCCACCACAAGAAGCCCGUGCCGCCCAAACCGGAGCCCAAGCCCUAGCCUCACCCUGACUACGGCCCCGUGCCCAAGCCCGAGCCAAAGCCGCAGCCCCACCCGGACUACCACCCCGUCCCUCCCACGCCCACCUACGGUGGCGGCGGCGGCGGUGGAUACCACGGACACCACUGAGUCCGGUCUACCACCGCCGUCCUGCCCAACGAUGAAAUCUCAUGAGCGGGUUGGUGAUCAGUAAGUGGUUGACGUUGCUAUUUAUGAUCCGUUCGCAUGCGUGGGUGUAUUGUUUGGUGUUCUGCCAUUCGCUGCCUCGUUUUAGUAUCUGCACUGAAGAGUUGAGAGUUCAGAAUAACAGUUAUGAGGAACACAUGGAUCAGUUUGUAUUUUGCUUUAUUAAGAUUUGAAAUUUUGGUGUGUGUUUUGUAUAAGAAGUUAUUGUGGAUCAAGUAAUUUAAUCAUGUCCAUUUGAGCCAAUGGAAUUACUGCAGAUGUUGCCUUUUUUUGCUUGAUCUUGUUCUACUGUGUGCUGCGUGCGUUUAGUCCAUUCGCUGCGGCUUGCUUUUACCUUUAUUUUCUUUUAAGUUUUUGGUUCACGCAAUAACUGUGUGGCAGGUUUUUUAAUGGAAAAAUGGCAAAAGUG